AUGCGGCUGCUCGCAGGGCUGCACGCCCUCGUCCUGCUCUCUCUCGCCAGCCAGGCCCACGCCAGGCGCCGCUUCUAUGCCAGGGCCGUCAGCUACUGCUCGGAUGCCCGGGCCAUCGAGGUGGACCAGUUCCUCCUGCAGUACUUCCCCGACGAGACGCUGUUCGGUUCGGGCGCCGGCACCAUCUCGUUCGACAUCUCAGCGGCAUCGGUCGACCCCAACCUGAACGCCAAGCUCGAGUUUAGCCUCGACGCGUACGGCAUCGACGCCGUCAACACGACGAUCGACCUGUGCUCGCUCCUCGGCGGCAUCCUGUGCCCACUCCCGACCUACGACUUUGUCGGUUCGGCGACCCUGCCUCUUCCCGCCGAGGUCGGCGACUCGAUCGACAUUCCUGGCAUCGGCUACUGGAUCCCAGAUCUCGAGGCGACCGCGACAGUGCGUCUCCUGCGCGUCGAGGACAACAGCGAGGCAGCAUGCCUGCGCGUCGAGCUGUCGAACGGCAAGACGGCGCGGUUCGCGUCGGUCAGCUGGGCUUUGGGCGGCGUCGCCAUGUUCUGCGCCCUCCUGUCGGCCCUGUGGUUCCUCGUCGGCACCCUCGUCUGGCCCUCGACGGCCAUCCUCGCCUCGUCGCCGCACGCCAACGCCCUGUGGGCGUCACUCGGUCGUCGCAAAGAGCGCCUCCUCCUGUUCAUGUCGCUCGUCCAGUUCGUCGCGACGACGGGUCUCCUGUCGGUCCAGUACCCGCGCAUCUACGAGGCGUUCACGGCCAACUUCGCGUGGGGCUUGGGCUUCAUCCGCAUCAACCCGGUCAUCCGCUCGAUCGACCGCAUGCGCAACGCGACCGGCGGCAACCUGACGCAGAUUGCCGGGACGAGCACGCUCGUCGGCGGCACCGACGCCCUCAAGAGCAUCUUCUCGCGCGACGUCGUCACGCUCCCGUCGGCGCCCGAGGUCGCGUCGGCCAUCUUCACCGAGUUGGCCAAGUCGAUCUCGAGCGGGACGCCGGCGUCGUCGUCGGCACCGCCGUCGCUCAGCGCCCGCGGCCUCUCGGUCGCCUCGACUUUGGUCAGUCGCCAGCUCGGCGUGACCUCGUCAACGCCCGACGGCGACGCCCCCUUUACCGACGCCAUCGUCGUGCCCGACGUGACCAACUCGAGCACGAUCGACUCUGUGCGGUACGGCCUCCCGCACUACCUCGUCAACCUCGACAUCUCGCCGUUCGACGGCUUCAUGAUCACCUUCAUCAACUUCCUCUUCUUGUGCGCCAUCGCCAUCGCGCUCGCGCUCGUCGGCGGGGCGCUGUGGGCGCUCGUCCGCUGCGUCAAGGGCAGGAAGGCCGAGCGGCGUCGGCGUCGGCUCGGUCUGAGCGGCGAGGCGGGCGUGAGGGAGACGGCGUACGGCUCGAGCGGCGGAAAGUGGGGCGGGCUUCUUGUCGCCUGGUACCCGAUCCUCCUCCUGUCGUUCUUCCAGUGGACUAUCGGCUCGGCCGACUCCUGGGCGCCCAUCGUCCUGUCUGUCUUGACGACGGUCUUUACGACGGCCGCCAUCCUCUUCCUCGCCUUCCGCUUCUUCGUCCUCGCCCGUCGCUCCUUCCGCCCCUCGUACGGCUCGAUCGAGGACCCGACGACGUUCGACGCACCCCCCGUCCUCACCUUUCCUUUCGGUCCGACGCCCUCGUCUCCUCCCGUCUCGCCAAACCCCGACCCGAAGCGCGCCUUGCGCAAGGCGGAGCGACGCGAGGUCGAGACGCACGAGCGCGGCCGGUUCCUCGCGAGCGGCCUCGCGCCGUACAGCCCGCUCUGGAACGCGUACAAGGUGCGCAGCCGCCGGUCGACGGCCAAGCGGCGCAACUGGUGGAAGGGCCGAGCAUGGUGGUUCGGCCUCGUCGAGCUCGUCGUCGCACCGUUCGUUACCGCGCUCUUCGUCGGGUUCGCGCGCAACUCGGGCUGGACCCAGACGGUCGCCGUCCUCGCCAUCCAGGCGCUCCUGUUCCUCGCCCUGUGCAUCUGGUCGCCGUACGAGGACAAGAGCAGCAACGGGACCCACAUCUUCUGGGCGCUCCUUCGCGUCGUCAUCGCCGGCGCCCUCAUCCCGUUCAACGAGAGCAUCGGGCUCAACGAGAUCGUCCGCGUCGCCAUCGGAGCUGUCCUGCUCGUCAUCAUCUCGGUUUCGGUCGUCCUGUUCGCCGUCCUCCUCUUUGUCGACUUCGUCCAGCUGUGCAUCUUCCUCGUGCGGGGCAUCAAGGACCGGCGCCGGCACCGCGGCGCCUUGAACGGCGACAGCGUCGUCGACGCUCCGGCCAGUGCGCCCUUGGCGCCCGGCGAGAAGCCGCCGUCGCCUCGCCCUGCAGGGUUCGGGCCUGACGACGACGACCUCGACGCUCGGCGACCCCGAGGCGACUCGCUCGAGCGCGGCGCCACCUCUCGGAGCAGCACGACGCUCGACGAUGAACUUGGAAGGCCCGUCGCCGGCAAGUCGGUCACGCCCUGA